AUGCGGCCAUCAGUUAUUACAUUGUUGAAAUUCGGCAAAUCACUACUAAAACAAGUAUAUGAUCGCGGUGACAGUGACAAACUCCUUCAUCCUUCUGUUGCGUUAUUGAAACCACACCCUGAUGCUUAUCACAAUAGUAGACGUUUAGAUUCUAUUACGUCCAAAUCAAUAGAAAUCAGUAACAACUAUAGUUUUAACUCAUUAAAAACUGCAAUGGGAAUUGUGGCAGAGGAGGACCGUUUAAACUAA